AAAGCCUUUUACAUUUGCUCACACCCAAACUCUUCAAGUAAGACUCAUCUGUUUUCUGACGACAGUCAAACACUGAAACAAUUAUGUUGGCUUCCAUGGCCAACCAACGAGCCUCUUCUUCCUCGGCUUCCUUCACCAAUUCAUGGAAAAACCAGGUCUUUCUGAGCUUCAGAGGGGAAGACACGCGCCACAACUUCACAGACCAUUUGUAUAGCGCUUUAUGUCAACAAGGCAUUAACACCUUCAGGGAUGAUGAUGAGCUCAGAAGAGGAGAAGAAAUAUCAAGCGCGCUUCUCACAGCAAUUGAAGAAUCAAAGAUUUCUGUCGUUGUGUUCUCUAAAAAUUAUGCCUCUUCAAAGUGUUGUUUGGAUGAACUUGUUAAGAUUCUUGACUGCAAAGAAUCAAAUCAACAACUGGUCCUGCCAGUUUUUUAUAAGGUGAAUCCAUCAGAUGUACGAAAUCAGAGAGGUAGCUUUGGGGAUGCACUGGCUAACAUGGAGCGCAAAUACAAAGAUAAAAAGGACAAGGUCAAGAAAUGGAGGGCAGCACUUUCACAAGCAGCAGCUUUGUCAGGGUUCCCUUUGGACGAGCAUGAAUCUGAAUCUAAAUUUAUCCAAAAUAUCAUUGAAAAGAUUUCAGAACAAUUAUUAAAGCAUGAGUGUAUGAAAGUGGCAGAGCAUCCAGUUGGAAUGCAAGCUCAAGUACAAGUUAUGAAUGAGCUUUUAGAUUUGGGGGAAAACGAUGUUCGUAUGGUAGGGGUAUGGGGAACUGGUGGAAUAGGUAAGACCACAAUUGCUAAAGCUGUUUAUAAUUCAAUUGCCCACAAAUUUGAAGGUUGUUCCUUUUUGGCAAACGUUAGAGAAAGGUCAACGUCGCAUGAAGGUUCAGUCGGAUUACAAGAGAAUCUUCUUUCUGACAUUCUAAAGGUAAAAAAUUUGAAGGUGACUAAUGUUGAUAAAGGAGCCAUUGUGAUACAGGAAAGGUUGAGUUGUAGAAAGGUUCUCUUGGUUCUUGAUGAUUUGAAUGACAUGGACCAGUUACGAAACUUAGCUGGGGCAUGUGAAUGGUUUGGUGCAGGCAGUAGAAUUAUCAUAACAACAAGGGAUAAGCAACUGUUAACUGCUCAUGAUGUUAAUUUAAUACAUGAGGUCAAGAUUUUACGUGAUCCUGCAGCUCUUGAGCUCUUGAGUUGGUAUGCCUUCAAAAGAAGUGAGCCUCCUUUGGGUGAUUAUGUGAAACUUGCAGAACGUGCAAUGCGCUAUGCUCAAGGCCUUCCUUUGGCUUUGAAAGUUCUAGGUUCUCAUCUAUAUGGUGGAAGUAAACAUAAAUGGCAAGCUGCAUUGGAUGGUUUCCAAGGCACGGAAAUUCAAGAAGUUCUCAAAAUAAGUUACAAUGCCUUGGAUGAUAGAGUAAAGAAGGUUUUCCUUGACAUCGCAUGUUUCUUUAAGGGUAAAAGUAGAAACUAUGUGACAGAAGUUUGUGAGCUAAACGCUAGAUAUGGCAUUGAAGUACUCAUAGAAAAGUCCCUCAUAAGUGUUGAACAUGGAGAUUAUAUUCAUAUGCAUGACUUACUAGAAAAGAUGGGUAAGGACAUAAUUGAGCAGGAGUCGCCCACUGAACCUGGAGGACGUAGCAGAUUGUGGUUUCAUGAAGAUGUUGAGCAUGUUCUGACUAAAAAUACAGGAACAAAUAAAAUCACAGGCAUCAUGUUAGAUUUCCCCAAACAAGAUGAGGAGGUAUUCUUGGAUGUUGGCAGAAGCUUCUCGAAGAUGAAAAAUCUUAAAAUUUUCAUAAACUAUAAUGUAUGCCUUUCUGGAUACGCUAGUUCUAUCCCAAGCAAUUUGAGAGUGCUUGAUUGGUAUAGAUGUCCAUUCCAAUCUUUUCCAGCCAAAUUUUGUCCAAAGGCACUAGUUGUGCUCAAUCUGCCUUACAGCCGCAUCAAACAAAUAAGGAAGAGAUUGCAGCAUUUCACAAUGUUGACAUUUUUGAAUUUGACGGGCUCUGAAUUCCUAACUGAAAUUCCCGACUUAUCCGGCAGCCCAAACCUAAGGUCCUUGGAUGCAUAUGGUUGUAGAAGUUUAGUUAAGGUUGAUGCAUCAGUUGGUUAUCUUCAUAAACUUGAAAUUUUGGAUUUGAGUGGAACAGCUAUAAAAGAGUUGCCUUCAUCAAUUGGAUAUCUUCAUAAACUUGAAAAAUUGGAUUUGAGUGGAACAGCUAUAAAAGAGUUGCUUUCAUCAAUUGGAUAUCUUCAUAAACUUGAAAAAUUGUAUUUGAGUGGAACAGCUAUAAAAGAGUUGCCUUCAUCAAUUGGAUAUCUUCAGAAACUUGAACAAUUGUAUUUGAGUGGAACAGCUAUAAAAGAGUUGCCUUCAUCAAUUGGAUAUCUUCAUAAACUUGAAGAAUUGGAUUUGAGUGGAACAGCUAUAAAAGAGUUGCCUUCAUCAGUUGGACAUCUCACUGCGCUUGAAUAUUUAGACUUAGCUGAAUGUGAAAACCUUACAAAUCUGCCACCAAGUAUUUAUGGGUUUCAGAAUCUCCACACUCUUAAUCUCAAUCGAUGCCCAAAACUAGUCACACUUCCAAAUAACUUGAUCUCUGAAGAAUCACUUCCUUUGGAGGUUUUAACUAACUCAAACAUUCCACGUGACAACUUUAGCUCAUUAGCAGUUCACAGGCGAUGCAGGAUUCAAUUUCAAGAGUGCAAUGUAUCAGACAUUGAUUCCUUGGAGAAUUUUGGUUGGUCGUCCAAAGUAUGGAUAAUUGAUCUGUCCAACAGCAAUUUGGUUAGUCUUCCUGUGUGGAUUUGCAAAUUUGUCAACUUGGUGCGACUUUAUUUGCGUGGUUGCAAGAGGCUUGUGGAAAUUGAAGUACAACUGCCACCGUCUAUAAAAUUUAUGGACGUGAGUGAUUGCGUAUCACUGGAAAGAUUUUCAACAUUGUCAAAGAUAUUUGUCAACUUGGAGGGACUUUAUUUGCGUGGUUGCAAGAGGCUUGUAGAAAUUGAAGUACAACCUCCACCGUCUAUAAAAUUUGUGGACGUGAGUGAUUGCGUAUCACUAGAAAGAUUUUCAACAUUGUCAAAGAUAUUAGAAGACGGAGACAUGCAAGGCAUUAGUCGCAUGGACUUGUGUUGCCAUAGGCUGUGCAAUAAUCUAGGGUUGGACGCUGCAAAGAUGGCAAAUAUUUUACUGAAUCAGCCAGUGAAGAGGUAUAAUGUUAUUAAUGUUACACUGCCAGGCAGUAAAGUUCCAGAGCAGUUCAGUUUUCCAGACAGUGAUGUUUCGGUGUCGUUCAGUUUUUGUACGGACGUAGGUGUGCUUCUUCUGAAUAGUAACUCUAAUCACGAACACAAAAUUGAAAUUCCUAUUGAAAUUCCUUGGACUUUCGGAUUGGAGAACACAAAAUUGGUUUUGUGUACUGUUUGGGAAAUUACGGAAUCAUGUGUUCGGCCGUGUGAUUUUGGAUUGUCGUUUUUUAUCGAUGGAGUAUGCACAGACUAUGGUCGAAAUUGGUGGUCAGUGUCAGGAGAGACAGGGGCACGUCAUGUCUGGCUGCAAUAUGUUCCAUUACCUGCUCACACGAAGCCGAAGGGUGAUGAUGAUGGAAAGAGUGAUGAUCAAUUGAAGCCGUCUAUUUCUCGAAUUAUUACUGUUUCCUGCAUAGGCGGCAAAGGGUUGCUCUUCAAAAGCUUAGGGGCCCACCUGGCUCAUAUUAGCAUGCCAAAGGAUGGUGAUGAUGGCAAAAAUGAUGAAAAUGAAGAAAAUGAAGAUGAAGAUGAAUAUGAACUCUCUGCAUUUCAAUAUGGAUCUUUUUUAUGAUGGGGGUGGUAGUGCUGAUGUUGAUGGACAUAAAUCCACCUCAAUCUACUGCAGACUCUAAUACUAUGAUUGGAUGAUGAUGAGACCUGAUCUUUGUGUUGUUGUAAUGAUGUUUUAGAACUAUGGUAGACUAAUUUUUGUAUUUUAUGUUGUGAUAAUGUUUUAGAACUUGGAUUAAUUUGUGACUGAUGUUAAACUGGUUCUUCAAAGUUAAACUAGUUGGA